AUGUCUCAUGUAAGAACAGUGAGAUCUCUCUACAAGCGUAUUUUGAAACUGCAUCAACUGUUGCCGCCUGAUUUGAAGGCUGUUGGUGAUCAAUAUUGCAAACAGGAAUUUAAACAACACAAGACGGCCAAACCAGAAUUUGUGUUGCCUUUUUUGGAACAGUGGAGAGAAUACGCAAACACACUUGAGUUACAACUUAGUCAAAAUCUGUCACAAGGAAAAGAGCUUAAUCCAAAUAUAGGGGAAAAUAUAUCAGAAAACGUGUUGGAAUCGGAUUUCAAUAGUGGACAUAUUGUACAGUUGCACGAAUUGAUGAAAGAAACUUCGAAGCCAAGUACACAGUUUAGGAUUGAAGAAGAGAAGUGGCACGAUACUGAUAAAUCAUGA